CGGCUGGUGCCGCGGGGAGCCGGGGCUGGCGAGAGGCGCAAGCCCGCCAGCGUUCGCAGAGGACCAGGUGCGGCCGGGAGGGUGUCGUUUCUCCUGCCCCGCUCCUUCCUCCUCGCCCGCCCGCCCGCUGCCGCGCUGACCAUGGCCGGAUGUUGCUUAUCCGCGGAGGAGAAAGAGUCGCAGCGGAUCAGCGCGGAAAUUGAGCGGCAGCUGCGCCGGGAUAAGCGGGACGCGCGCAGGGAGCUCAAGCUGCUGCUGCUGGGAACAGGAGAAAGUGGAAAGAGCACCUUUAUUAAACAGAUGAGGAUUAUUCAUGGGUCAGGUUACACAGAUGAAGAUAGGAAAAGCUUCACAAAACUGGUUUAUCAAAACAUAUUUACUGCCAUACAAACUAUGAUCAGAGCUAUGGAUACUCUAAAAAUACCAUACACAGCUAAGCAAAACAAGGAAAAUGCUCAGCUGAUCCAAGAAGUAGAGGUGGACAGAGUAACAGCGCUAGAAAGAAAACAAGUGGAAGCAAUCAAGAAGCUCUGGGCAGAUCCAGGAAUCCAAGAGUGCUAUGAUAGACGGAGAGAAUACCAGCUCUCAGACUCUGCUAAAUAUUACCUUACUGACAUUGAUCGUAUUGCCUUGCCCUCAUUUGUGCCAACUCAGCAAGAUAUUCUCAGAGUCAGAGUGCCAACUACAGGAAUUAUUGAGUAUCCUUUUGAUUUAGAAAACAUUAUCUUUAGAAUGGUGGAUGUAGGUGGCCAGAGGUCUGAAAGAAGGAAAUGGAUUCACUGUUUUGAAAGUGUUACCUCCAUCAUUUUCUUAGUUGCACUAAGUGAAUAUGACCAGGUCCUGGCUGAAUGUGACAAUGAGAAUCGAAUGGAAGAAAGCAAGGCCUUAUUUAAAACUAUCAUCACAUACCCAUGGUUUCUGAACUCUUCAGUCAUUCUGUUCUUAAACAAAAAAGAUCUUCUAGAAGAGAAAAUCAUGUACUCCCAUCUAAUCAGCUAUUUCCCAGAAUACACAGGACCUAAACAAGAUGUGAAAGCUGCCAGAGAAUUCAUUUUGAAGCUGUAUCAGGACCAGAAUCCAGACAAAGAGAAAGUAAUCUAUUCACACUUCACUUGUGCCACAGAUACAGAGAAUAUCCGCUUUGUCUUUGCUGCUGUCAAAGACACUAUCCUACAGCUAAACCUGAGGGAGUUCAACCUGGUGUAAAGGAGAAACCCUGCUUUGAUCCAUCUACUCACCCAGUAUAGACUAAUUAAAACAUUGGUAGUGUAUUCUAAAAAAAUUCCACAAAAGAUGGAAUGACACAGAUACAAACAGAGGAGUUCUUUGAAACAAUUUACUUACAGAAACACAGAUGGUUCCCGUACAUUUGCUGAUCUUGAAAUAUUUACUGAAGAGAAGUGGAUUAAUAGAACUUUAAGGAAGAACUUACAAUGUUUACAAUUUUUUAAACUAUACAUUUUAAAUAUUGUUUUUAUAUUUCCUUUCUUAAUUUUGGCUGUGAGAUUUUGUGAUAACUGUGGUUCAAAGGUAUUUAAGAAAAAAUAUUUUAUAGAACUAUAUAUAAAUCCAUUGCCAUUCAUCUGUUUUCUUAGGGUUUUUUAUUGCAUUUCGUAAUCAUGAAAAUUAUAGUAGGAAAUUUUAACCUGAGAUGCCUUAGAAAUGAUAGUGAUGCUGUUUUAGAAUGCUAGAUAUUGUAAGAUUUAUCAUUUAAGUUAGAAUGAACUAUUAGUAUUUUAAUGAAUUUGGGGCCAUAUAUUAAAUUUAAUCAUUUAGAUUUU